ACCGACUGUUGAAAUAACAUGUUCUGGGCCGCCCCUGGAGGUUGAAUAUAAUCACGCUCCUCGUGUUGCGGACGGGGCAGCGGAAGGGGCCUUUUUCCAGACUGGCCUGGCGAGGUCGUGCAGAUCACUGCGGGUCGCGCAUGGCGGGGAGCGGUGCGCGAAGGUAGCUGACACAGAUGCCGCACAGAUGUCGUUUUGGUGAUGGUCGGUGGGUCGUGCUCAGAUUUCCUACAUGGCACGCCUCGGUUUAGGGAAUGGUCACGAUUUCCCUUUCACGUUUUCGAGUUUCAGGUAUGGCUAUGUUAGCACAUUCCAAGUUUUAGGUAUGGUAGUUUGGUUUAUGGUAAACCCCGAUUAGAGACAUGUGCCCCUUGAAAGGGAAAAAGAAAAGCCAACCUUAGAUGUCUGCCCUUUUCAUGGGACGGACUCAUCGCGGGCCAGGAGGAGCAGUUGCCAUGGCGGCUGCGGCGCGAAGGAGGCGCCGCAGGGCGGACGCCGCGGCGCCGCCGCGCGGGGGCGCCGCCGUGCGCCCGCGGGCGCCGGCCGCGCCCAAGGGAACGGGGCCGCAGAUCGAUGGCAAGCUCGUGAACGAUUCCGUGGGCGAGAUCGCGGCGUCCUUCAACGUCACGGACGAAGACCGCCGCCGCCGGCAGGAGCUCCGGCGCAAGCGCGAGGCGGAGGCGGCCGCCGAAGAGCAGGAGGUGGACGUGAUCAAGGAGCUCGUUGCGGGCGAGGACCCGAACUUCUUCGGAGCGCCCUACAUCUGGAUUCAAGUCGCGCACGUGGUGCUCUUCGGGUAUGCCUUGAUCGUGUGCCUUAUCGGCGAGGCGGGCGAGGAGAACACCUUGUUCGCCCUCGAGGGCGACCAGCUGACGGCGUUCCGAACAGCGGUGACUGUCACGCUCCUCAUCAACGUCGUGAACGCGGCCGUGACGUUCUACGAGGAGCAGUCCUCUGGGGAAGACCGCCUCUACGACGCCGUCGGCUGGGGCCUCAAGGCGCUCCUGCUUGGCGGCGUGGCAUCCUGGCAGCGGAUAGGGCGCAUCAAGAGGGCGGAGGAGAAGGCGCAGCAGGAGGACGAGCAGCGAAAGCAGGGGAAGCUCGGGAAGGUGCCGGCGACCUGAGAGCCCCGCGGCCCAAGCCUAGACAUCCGGCGUCUCGAACCAAACAUCGAGGCGGCCAGUUUGUUCCCAUUGCUGCUCGAUGUGUUGCGUGCUCGCAUAUAGGUGUAUAGAUGUAAUUUUCCCCCAUGACUGCAGCACGAUAACUGAUGUCUGCACAGCAGCGGCCGCUGCAGCGAGCAGCGGGUAUCUGGCGGCAGGCGGGCGGGCGGGCGGGGCCACGCAGCCUGUCGGGCGGACUGGCGAGCGCGGCUUCCGCCGCCGGGCCGGCGGCGGCGGCUUCCAGUGGCCACUCCCCCCUUGACAUGGCUGCCCCUUACGACGGAGCCCCGGGCCGCGCCGAAAA